GGAAGCGCGGGAGGGCGGGGGGGUUCCGUCCCGUCCGGUCCCUGCCGGUAUCUCGGGUCCUGUCCCGGUCCGCACCGCCUCCCCCUCCCGUCCGUGCCGGUACCGCGGGUCCUGUCCCGCCGCCAUGCGCAAGUUCUUCCAGGAGAUUAAGGCCGACUUGAAAUUCAAGACGGCGGGGCCCGGCCAGAGGCUCUCGGAGCCGUCCCGGGUUCCCAAGGAGAAGCCGAAGGCUGAAGCGGCUCCCAAGCCCCGUCCGGGCCCGACGGACGAGGCUCAGAUGGCGGCGGCGGCGGCGCUGGCCCGGCUGGAGCUGAAGGGCAAAGGCAGAACCGGUACCGGGCAGGACGGCGUCAGGAACCAGGUGAGGAAGGAGCUGAUGGCCGAGGCAGCUGCCAGCGAGAAGGGGCUCUCCCUGGACACAGAGGAUCGUGGCUCCUCGGGUAAGGAAGGGGCAGCUGUUCCCUCUGUUUCAGGGGUCUACUUCAUUUGUCCCUUGACUGGCGUGGUGGUAAGGAAAGAUCAGAGGGAGAAACACCUCAGAGAAGCCAUCCAGGAGUAUUUCUCUGUAGAUCCAGUGGCUGCCUCCAUCAUGGAGAUCCAAACUUUCAACAGGGACAGGGAGAAAGUCCGAGUGGGUGUGGAGACCAUGGCCAAAUACCUGGAUAACAUCUAUCUCCAUCCAGAGGAGGAGAAGUACAGGAAGAUCAAACUGCAGAACAAAGUGUUUCAGGAAAGGAUAAGCUGCCUGGAAGGGAUACACAGAUUUUUCCAGGCUGUUGGGUUUGAGACAAAAAUGCUGCCUGUUCCAGGACAAGAGACCCCAGAGGAGUUCUAUGUGCUGAAGGAAGAAAUGCUGCCCAGGCUGGAGGAUCUCAGGCACUACAAGGAGCAGCUCCUGAGCUCAGAGCCCCUGAGAGCCCAGCUGGAUAGACAGCUCUGCCUCUUCAAACCCUCCCCUGAAGCUGCUUCCUUUGAGCUGCCUGAGGACUUCUACAACCUGACUGCAGAGGAGAUCAAAAGGGAGCAGCGGCUCCGGACAGAAGCAGUGGAGAAGGCUGCAAUGCUGAGGACAAGAGCCAUGCGAGAGAAAGAGGAGCAAAGGGAGAUGAGAAAAUACAACUACACCCUGCUGCGAGUCCGCUUCCCUGAUGGGUACAUCCUCCAAGGGACGUUUUAUGCACGGGAAACAGUCUCUGUGCUUUACAGCUUUGUGAGGGAAGCUCUCAGAGAUGACUGGCUGCCCUUUGAGCUGUUGGGACCUGGAGGGCUCAAACUGACUGAUGAAAACUUGGCCUUCAAUGAAUGUGGGCUGGUGCCCUCAGCCCUCCUGACCCUUGCCUGGGAUGCAGCAGUCAUGGCAGACAUCCAGGAGUCCAGAGAAGAGGAACCAGCAAGCCCCCUGAAACCACAACUUCUCUCCAGAGUCCAGACACUGUCAUGAAAUAAAGGGAAUGAAUUCAGGGCUGGUGGUUUUUAGACUGUUCCCCCAUUUUCCCCUUAGAGACUCUUGGGGCUUCCAGCUCACUGAGCUCAGCAAGCACUUUGGUUUAGCUCUGCAGAGCAGGAGGUUCCAUCCCACCCUCCCCGUGGUCACCUCCACACGGAGGCAGGACCUGCCCAGGGAGCUGUGUCCAGGACUGCUAAAAAACAGCUUCAGAACCCAAGUUCUGGCAGAGACUGCUUGAGCUGGGUUUCCAGGACCAGGGUGAAGCAGCAGCCUCCUCCCCAGGAGGGGGGAUGAGGGGCUGGGGCAGGGCUAGUCCUAGGCUGGAUUACCAAGGGAUUGAGCCUGAGGAGCAGGCUGGGCUUAGAACUUAGCUUUACCUUUUGCUUCUGUGUGCACUGUAACUCCUAUUGGAGAGAGAAUCUAUUUAGAUAAAAUGAUGCUGAGUAAAAUGAGUAUUUAAAAGAUUUGGGUCUGGUCAGAGUUCUUUGAAUUCCACUGCUCCUACAGCUUCUGUUGCAGCCCCAGGUACAGGAGAUCUCUCACUGUAACCAACCCCAUCCCAAACCAGGAGAAACAAAGGGCAGGUUUUUUUUUCUCUUUUUCUUUUCCAGACAUAAAGCCCUGCUCUUGCUGUCUGGAGCAAGUAGAGACCACAAACAGGAUGAGAGAGAGAGCAUAAAUUCACAUAUAAUUGUACAUCAUUUAUACCCAAGGCUAUGCUAUACAACAUAUGAACAGUCAUUCCCCCUGUGGCAUCACAAUAAACUUAUUUCAAAGUCCCUCCAAGGAGUUUUAGAGAUAACUUAGAUACCUUCCAUUACAAAGAAGUAUCAAAAAUUCCAAUAAUGCUUUAUUAAGAACAGAUUAAUAUGCAACUUGGUUCUGUUUUAAGCUAAAAACUAUAACUAAAAAUUUGAGCUUCCUCCUGGGCUGAAGCAGAACAAAGUGCUGUCCUCUCUUUACAAGAAAUCUGGAGUACUUUCAGGUAUCUUGUUCAAAGAUACACAAAGGUUUAAAACUCUCUAAAUUCAUUCUACAUACAUACAGGAGAGUUAGUAGGUGGUGAAGUCUCAGAGGGUGUUAGCUGGGCUGACUCUGUCCUGCUCAACUCCUGCAGCUGCUUCAGUAGAAUCUGCAAAGUAGAAAAUGGUGUUGGUUUGGGGUUUUCUUGGCUUGUUUGUUUUUAGAAGUCUCUUAAUAAGUUUGAAUUUGCUAUGUGCUUUGUCUGUCUCAGCUUGUCUGCCUGGAUCUGGUUUUGAUACUAUUUAAAAAAUAGUUUUAAUAUUGACUUAAAUGUCACUCCAUAAUAAAAAUCACUUCAACCA